AUGUCUGCAGCUGUUCCGCCAAUUCCCAAGCCUAGAACAAUCAUUCCUUACUAUUCAUCUUCCUCUUCCCCUCUUCCGAAAUCUUCUGUUUGUUCUGCUCCGAUAACUGUCCCCAACAAGACAGCCGAUGCCUCUGACGACACUGAUGACGAUGAAGAUGCUGAUGAUUGUGAAGUCGUUGUAAAAUUCCGAAAUAUCUUCAUGAACGGUAUGGGUGAAGACCCUGGUGUAGAUGAUAAUCAUGUGACGGCUUUAAAAGCUUGUGAGAUCGGGAACGUGAUGCCUUCUUGCCCUAAUAAUGUAGCUGAUCUCAACAAAUCGAUUUCAUCUGAAAAAGACAAUAUACAAGUUCAAGUGGAAGAUAUAACACCUGAUUCAGGUGGCUUAUUAUCUAAGCCUUCCGUCAGCAUGUCUGACUUAGAAGGCGGGCAUGGAUUUCUGAAGAAGGAAAACUCCUUACAAAUUGGUGUUGAGUGCUUGUCCAACGAAGAGCAGCUGCGUGAGCGCCGACUAGCUAAAGAAAUUGCCGAUUCUUUUGAAGAACGACCUCCACCACCUCCAAAUCUAUAUGAUGUAGCUAGCAUGAACUCGGAAUUGUAUUCGAGGAGAACUUCGGAUAGAAAACCAACGCUGUUAGAAAAGAUCAUUAGGUCUCAUUCCAUAUGGUAUCUUCCUAAUGUUGGCCGACCGGCAGUAACAUACAUGUUACGAAACAUGGAGCCUGGGAACUUUGUGGUUAGGUCUGCAUCAAGGCCUUCCUGUAUGGCUAUUUCUGUCAAACUUCCGACGGGUUUUGAUAUAGAAAUUGAUCAUUAUAUUAUCGAAGUGGUCCCUAAUCGAGGUGUUAGAAUAGGGAAUAGUCCUUUACUUUUCACUUCUCUACCUAUGCUGAUUGCCCAUUAUUGCAUAGAUGGAGAAGAACUCCAGAUUAAGUUGAGACUACCAGCUUCUAUUCGCAAUUGUGAGAGCACGAAAGGUCUCCAAAGCAUUGCUCUCCUAGGCCAAGAUUUCUGGAGUAGCGAUAUGUCAUUACCGCGAUGUAGUUCGCGGUCUUCACAUCGCACAAAUGAUUCUUCAAGUUCUCAUGGCGGUAUUGGACCUUCCAAAGACGACGAGAUACAUCCCUCAGUUCACUAUGCAGUGAGCGAAGCACCUCGAAUACAGAAUAAGAAAAGAACAUCAACUGGUAGGAAAGACCCAUCUCGUUUUGCAACAGUCCAUGGAGAUUUAUUAGGGGCGGCCAAGGAAAAAGAAACUUCUUCCCCUCCUAAUAAGCAAGAAAGAUCAGAUUUGCAAGCUAAAGUGUCUCGCGUUAGUAGACGCUCUCAAUCGGUACGAGCUCCAUCUGAAAAAUCCUCUCUAGCUAAUCAGCAGCAGCAAUCAUCUUCGAUUUUAAGACGCUCUUUUUUGCGCAAUAUUUUCGGGAAAGAUUCGAACAGCAAAGCUAAAAAUAACCCCGUUCAACUUGCUCAUUGUGACUAUUUCAUUCCGGCAGCUGACCGUCAGAAAACACUGAAGGGCUCGCGUUCAGCUUAUGAUGUUGCUGAAGUCACACCUGGAUCCAGACCACUAUGGGAUUUGGAUAAUAUCAUGAUGAACCUGAAAUCCGGUUGUGGCCCAGAAGACAUGGUUGUGGGAUCUAAAAAUACUUCCGCUUUGAGGAGAGAACGAAGCGACCUGUGCCCAUCUUCAGUGGCCAGGCUAGUCAGGCAUAAUGAUGGAUCUCCCGGCCCCAGUCAAAGGAUACAGCCUCUACAACAGCAACGCCUUCCUAUGCGUCCGCCCAACACUGUCUUGGAUACCAAAACUUGCGUAGAAGAAUUGAGACGUAAGAGACUACAAUCCACUAAUGAAAUGCUUAAUCCUGCUUUUGCUGCUCCGAAGAGCAUGACCGCUAGCCCUCAAAUCUCCAUGAGAAAAGUGAACAUGUCACCGUCCUGGAGACAUGAUCCUCAGAAACAGGAACAUCGGUUGUCAGUUCCGAAUCUUGUGCCUGAGCCAUCAUCGUCUGUGCUUCAAUCAGCGAAGGCAUUGAAAGAGAAGUUAGGUAGAACAGGAAACGGGGAACUUAGCAACAUAAAUGAAGGGCUUAUAACUCCAGUUGUAAGACGAAAACAUUUCAAUCGAUUGAACCAAGAGGAGUUGUAUGCUUCUUCCACAUUAUCCAGCUCAUCAAGCAAUGACAGAAACGAUCGUGGAGAAAGUGUCGACAAUCAUGUAGAGAGUCAAGUUUCUAUACCAAACUUCAAUAACAAACCAAAUCCUCUUUACGAUUGUACCAAAAGUACUAGUAACGAGAAUAAGAAAGAAAGUGAGCUAAUUUGGAGACGAACUGGCUCGAAAGGAAUAGAAGCUGCGACUAACAAGCAACUUCAUACAGCUGGAAACCGAGGAUCGUGCUUCUUACCGUCAAAAAGCCUUGGAACCAACUGGUCAGCUGUGAAUUCUGAAUUGAAGUACCGGCAGAGGAUUGCAAAGGUCCGACAAUUGCCUCAUCAAAGUGCUGACAAGAUGACCGUGGCAAAUGAAAGUCCUAUUGUGGAUUGCACAAAGCCUUCAGAAUAUGCACAACUCACAGAGCUUGAUAAUUUCAGACAAGAUUUCCUUGGGGGUCGUGAUGAAGAUAAUGUCAGCGUGGCUGGAACAGUUUUCAACGAGCCAUGGGACUCAAACGUAUGGGAAAAUCUUCUCGAUCUAGCCCAUCAUGGAGAUGACUCUUCUGAUCGCAGAUUGACUGAGCCAAUUAUGGAAGAAGACUCUGAUUCGGAUGUCACCGCAGGUUCCACUCAAAUGGCUGAAUCGGAUGAUGAUGCCGAUUCUAACUGGCCCUAUGGAGAUCUUGAUCGUAGACCGUUACCUAGUGAUAAAGUAACAAACAAAGCUUGGGAGUUAUCAGAUUCACAGAGCUGUCGUUAUGGAACUCUCGAUAGUCGAACUGAUGCUUCUUUAUGUGGGACUAUGCGUCGUCCAUUAAAAGCAAGUAGCCCUCCAGCAUCAAUGCUUUCGCUUCCCAGGCCUGUCUCACGAUAUUCACACGCAUUACAAAUGGGUUCCUUAGAUGAUUUGCCCACGUCUGUACCAUACAUGUCACCAAUGAUGAAUGAUCAGGCGAAACAACCAAGUGCAAAUUCAGGUCUUGUCAUUCAGCAUUAUGUGGAAAAGCUAGCUCAGGAUAGUACUACCAUAUUUGGAGCUACCCUACGAAGAUUUAUUGAGUGUACAGUAGAGAGUGACGAGGCUGAUCCCAGUGUUGUGUUCCGUAAUGUUCGCCAGUUUUUGACGGGGAUCAAAAAUUAUCUCGUUAAACAUGGAGAGGGGGAUCUGCAUCAAAUAAUCGAAGAAGAACGCAAUCGACUGAACGCCAACCAAAUCUUGAGCAUCGAUGCCAUAUUGGAAGCUGUGCUUCACAAGUUAUUACUGAAGCGUAUAAAGCCUCAUUUAUACCAUGUUAUGGUUCGUGAACACUCAAGGACAGGCGCUUUGGAAGCUGUUACUACAAACAUUCGAGCUGUAAGAAGUAUACCGUUAGCCAAUCUCCGCUUCAGUAAUCCUAAAGCGAUAAUUGUUCCUUCCAACAACAUCAUGGAACAAAUAAAAGUUUGCCUAAGGAAAAUGCAGAAUCACUACUCUCCAUUGAAGAAAUAUGAAAAUCUUUUAAGAGCUGUGAAUCUCGUCAUGCUUUCACAGGAUCCUUCUAGCGAUGAAAACUCUGAGGGUUCUAGAUUACCUCCAGCUGACGAUCUUGUUAGAUGGUUCGUAUACAUCCUCGCCAGAACAUCAACUGUCGGUUGUGAAGUCGAGGCUUGGUACAUGUGGGAAUUAUUACCUCAGCAUAUGCUCACGCAAGGCGAUGCAUCUUACUAUUUAACUUCUUUGUUCUCUGCUGUCCAUAUUUUGAAAAGUAUGGACGCAGUUAAAAAGCUAGCUGAAAAGGAGAACAGUAUGAUGAAUAGCAUGGAUCUUUCACGCCUUUGUCAUUCUCCGAAUGACUCCAACGAUGCCUUUCUUCGAGUUGCAAUUCCAGAUGUGAAUGCCGGAUGUAUUAAGUAUGCAACAUUUCCUGGAGUACCUCAAAUGACUACCUCCAAACUAUGUAGAGUUAUUGCCCAUCAGCAAGGCAUCACCAACCCUGAAGACUUUGGAUUGUAUCUGGUUUUGAAUGGUUUCGAAACUGCAUUGCAUUCAUCUGAUACUCCUGAUGCCAUUCGAGAUAAAAUGCGUAAUGAUGGGAAGAACUUCUUGUUUGCCUAUAAACGACAUGAUGCAAAAAUAGCUUGGCCAAGUCAAGUCUUGUCUGGUCUCGCUCUUUGUUGA